UUGAACGGCGCGGCGGGAGAUUUGAACGGCGCGGCGGAUCCCAGGCGUGACGUCACUGGCGGGGAGCGGGACUUGGGGAUACCCGGGAGUGGCGUGGGGGUCCCGGACACCUGAGCCCGCCCUGACUGCCCCUUCCCGGCCGCCGGGUCCCCUCCUGGACUCGCCCUGACCCUGCGGCGGACUCGGCCACGCCAUGCCCCGCCCCAAACCUACCCCCCGACGGCGCGGCGGUUCCCCAGCCCCCCCAUCGCCCCGGCCGCGGGCACGCAGGCGCCGCCCAGGUCAGCGGGCAUUGCAGGAGAUCCGCAAGUACCAGAGCAGCACCCGCCUGCUGCUGCGCCCCGGCCCUUUCGCACGCCUGGUGCGGGAGCUCUGCCUAGUCUUCACCCGCGGGGUCGAUUACCGCUGGCAGCGCAUGGCUCUGCUGGCACUGCAGGAGGCAGCAGAGGCCUUCAUGGUGCGGCUGCUGGAAGACGCGUACCUGUGUUCACUGCACGCCCGCCGAGUCACCCUGUACCCCAAGGAUCUACAGCUGGCCCGGCGCCUGCGGGGACCUGAGGGGGGGGGCAUCUGAAUGGGGACCCCCUGGGGGGUCUCUCUUGACAGUCUCACACCCCUUAUCUUACUGGGACCUCCCAUGGGACCGUCAUGCUGAGACCCCCCCACCAUGGGGUCCCCCAAGACCCCCAACGUGGACCCACCCCAUAGACUCCCCCACCUCAGGAUCCCAAACAACCCCUUCAGGGACCCAUCCCAGGGUGGAGGUCCCUUUCCUUAGUCCAGCACCCCUCAGGUUAUUGAGUACCCCGACCCAUCAUCCCCCUGGAACCCCCAUCACUAGCAUGCCAGUCCUAGGGAAACCUACCCAGGACCUCCACCCUAGUGGAGACCCUCCCAGUUUUGCUGUACCCCAAUAAAAUGUUUGUGACCCCUA